AUAGAUUUCAGGCGGUAUCUCAAGAUUGCUUGACCCCGAUACGAUGUUUGACCUAAUUAAGAAAUCGUGAGAAAUGCGAUUUUCUUCUGUGACAAGAUCCGUUUUACGGGAGCGUCGAAAAAUUAAACAUAAAUUUCGAAGGUGUGCCAUCACGCAAGUUACUUUUUUCUUUUUUAUAUGAAUGUCAGCAUAAAAAUCUGACCCAUUUAACUAAAAAUCCCUAAAUUGAUCGCAGUUAAACCUAAAAGGCAGGGGAGAGAAGGCCAUCACGCAAUAUUUCGCUCUAAACAAAAUCACAGCCGUAGACUCGUGCAGUUUGUUCCUUAGUUCACCCCAAGAAACGACUCCGCACGGAACGAAGCUCAAACAUUCACGACAUGACGCGAUUUAUUUUUGUUUUCCUUUCGACGUUUUGUACAUGUUACGCCGCCAAGGAUCCGCCAACGGUUAACAUACCGAACCAAGGCACGAUCGUCGGCAGGGAGGUGUCCAAAUUGAGGAUACAGAGGAUCACAGGCUAUUACGGCAUACCCUAUGCACAACCGCCGAUCGCCAAUUUGAGGUUCGCACCGCCGGUGACCGAUCCUUUGCCGUUCUGGGAAGGGGAGAGGAACUCGACGGACUAUUAUCCUUCGUGUCUUCAGACCAAGGAAGAUUUUAAGCAGUCCGAGAUUCCGUUCCUUCAGUUGCUCUCCAAGGACCUGGAGUUCGGGCAAUUGGACGAGGAUUGCCUUUAUUUGAACGUGUUCGUGCCUCAAGGAACACCUCCAAAACAAGGUUUUGCAACAAUAGUAUGGAUUCACCCGGGCAAUUUCACAACGGGCACCCCUGCGAUUUGGAAUCCCCACACUUUAGUCUACAGACAGAGAGUAAUUGUGGUGACUGUAGCCUACAGGAUGAACAUCUUAGGAUUCUUGACAACGAUGGACGGCGAGGCUCCCGGCAAUUACGGACUACUGGACCAACAAGCGGCGAUGUUGUGGGUGAAGAACAACAUCAAAAUCUUCAACGGGAAUCCCGACAACAUUUGCCUGAUGGGUUACGGAUCAGGAGCCACGAGCAUUGGCCUCCACAUGAUCAACCAGGAUUCACGUCAGCUCUUCCACAAGGCCAUAGCCAUGAGCGGCGACUUUUUAGGUAACAACGUGGUGAAAUACCCCCAAGAAGACAAAACCAUCCUCGACCGACUCGCCUCGAGUUUCGGUUGCAUCAGAACUCCCACUUCGCAACUCAUGGACUGCCUUCGAAGAGCAGAUGCGGAGGCUUUGGUGCAGCAGACUUCCAACAUAGACUGGAGACCGCUUAUCGAUUUCGGCCUGAGCAACAAUUCCAAACCGUUCCUGGCCGAGGUGCCUAGGACUUACUUCGAAAGGGGGGACUUCCAUAAAAUACCGUUCCUGACGGGCUACACUAACAUGGAGCUGGUUCUGGAACUGAACGGUUUGGAGGAGAAAAACACGGCGCAGCAAAACGUCUCCGUUGAAUACCUCCAAGCACUGCUUGCUGACAUCGUUAACAAUGACGUACCUCAAAUAAACGACACUGAAAAUUCAUGCCUUUACAACUACGACCACAUUCUCGAUGCUGUGAUGUUUUUUUAUUCACCCACCACAACCAUUAAAGAUUCCGACGAACUGAAGAAAAUAGUAGCCAACUUUGCUACCGACAAAACCUACGCCUCUUCCGUAUUUUUACAAGCCUCGUACAUUAGCAAAUCCCAACCAACCUACGUCUACAGAUUUGACAUGAAGCCGAGCAGCGCGGCCGCCAUCGAAGAGUUGCCACUUUGGGUCGGUGUGCCACAUCUCUACGAUCUUCUGUACGUUUGGGGCGUACCCUAUUGGAGGACCGAUCAAGACUGGGACAUCAGAGACAAAAGAAUUUCUGACACGAUAAUGUCGUUCUGGACCAAUUUUGCUAAAUAUUCGGAUCCCACCGAAAAAAGCAUCUACCCCAUUAAGUGGGAACCUUUCACUAAAGACAAUCCUGGAAUUUUGAUGAUUGAUGCUACCUUCAACAUGAGCAACCCCGGAAAUCUCAACUACAAGACGUUUGAAUUCUGGAACGAUUAUUAUCCGAAAGUCCUUGAAAUUGCGACGCAAUGUUGCAACGUAGCUGAUUCAGGAUCUUCCAUUUAUCUAGACAAACUUGUUUCAACUUUGAUAAUGACAGUUCUAGUAUUUAAAAUAUGUAUGAGAAAUUUUAACUACUAAAUUAGUGCCUUUAGAUUUAACAGCCUUUUAUAAAUAUGGACUAAGUUGCUUGUAAUAUAUUAUACACUGAUAAUUGAAUUAUUAUACUAUACAGAAUUUUAAAAAAUGUACAAAUGUACUUUUAUUAAU